AUGGCCUCUGCCAAAGAAAAUGUUCCUCUGGCGCCGCAGCCACAGCCUCGGCAAACCAGCAACGCGCGUCCCCCGCCGCCGCAGCGGCCUAAGGUGGCGAACGGCGCCACCGAGCCGGCGGCGGGCGGCGGCGUCCUCAAGUGCACGUGCUUCCGCCUGCCCAGCCGCUCCAAGAAGCAGCCGUCUCCGCCUCCGCCCGCCGUGAAGCCCAGCAGCGGCAGCCGCGGGAGCGCCGUGGCGCCCGAUGACGUGCCGGCUGCUGCGUCCCGGUCCCGGUCCCGCGUCACCUUCCGGGCCUCGGCGUCCCUUGCGACGUGGUGGCCGGCGUCGCCGUCCGCCGCGGCCUCUGCCGGCGCCGGCGGGAGCGCCGCUCCGAGGAGGGCGUCGGCGUCGUCGGCACCGCCGCGGAACGCCGCCGGCGUCCCGAGGACGGCGUCGCCGUCCUUCUCGCAUUGGCGCCGGUCGCUGUCGCCCCGGGUCAUGCCGCACGGCGGGCGCGCGUCCUUCUCCUUCCCCGCGUCGCCGGCGUCCGCGUCGUCCAGCUGCAUGAGCACGCCCAAGAUACCGCAGGGCUUCCAGCAGCAGGGCUAG